CCCUACCUGUCAGCAGCACCCGCUCCUCUUCUUCUUCCACCUCCCCUCUCCCCUACCUGCCAGCAGCACCCACUCCUCUUCUUCUCCCACCUCCCCUCUCCCCUACCUGUCAGCAGCACCCGCUCCUCUUCUUCUCCCACCUCCCCUCUCCCCUACCUGCCAGCAGCACCCACUCCUCUUCUUCUCCCACCUCCCCUCUCCCCUACCUGCCAGCAGCACCCGCUCCUCUUCUCCCCCCACCUCCCCUACCUGUCAGCAGCACCCGCUUCUCUUCUUCUCCCACCUCCACUCUCCCCUACCUGCCAGCAGCACCCACUCCUCUUCUUCUCCCACCUCCCCUCUCCCCUACCUGUCAGCAGCACCCACUCCUCUUCUUCUCCCCUCUCCCCUACCUGCCAGCAGCUCCCGCUCCUCUUCUUCUCCCACCUCUACUGUCCCCUACCUGCCAGCAGCACCCGCUCCUCUUCUCCCCCCACUUCCCCUACCUGUCAGCAGCACCCACUCCUCUUCUCCCCCUACCUCCACUCUCCCCUACCUGUCAGCAGCAGCAACACUCCCUCCCCUUCAUAUUCCUCUUCUUCCUCCCCCUCCCUCCUCCCCAGCCAGAGCUGUGAGUAUCAGAGAGAGAGAGAAUGGCGGAGAGAGAGAAAACAGCCACUACCCCGGCUGGCUCUUCUCCUUUCCUGGGGCUGCAUCUGGCGUCUCCUCCACAUUUCAGGCUCACACACGAUAUCACGCUGGAGGAGUUUGAGGAUGAAGAUUUAUCGGAAAUCACGGAGAUCACAGAUGAAUGUGGGAUUAGUUUGCAUUGUAAUGACAGCCAGCGCUGCAAGAGCCGACUGCGUUGUGAGCCUGGUCCAGCCCCAGGAGGAGGGGGAGCUGCCAGUAGGAUCCAGGCGGAGAUGCUGCAAUUGGACUUAAUCGAUGCUGGUCAGAUCCCCGAAGAGGAGACCGGUCCCCCUGCUGAGCCCCGACCUUUGGCCCCUCCAUUGAUGGACACCUACAGACCCAAGAGACCAACUACCCUCAAUCUGUUCUCCCAGGCGGCGCCAAGGACCCAGGACACCCUAAAUAAUAACUCUUCUGCAAAGAAAUAUAGUUGGCAGGAUCGUGUGUCCCGCUCCUCGUCUCCACUAAAGACAGGAGAGAUCACUCCCUCCAAUGAGCAUGUGUGUCUGAGUGAUGAGGGAAACCCACCUGCAGUUACGCAAGACAGAGGCACCUCUACAGAUACUCCGUGCCGGCGUCACACCUCUACCCAAAACACCACAGACACUUCCAACCGUUCCUCCAGCAGAUGUCGCCUGGAUCCCCACCGAGACCGUAUCCGUUAUCAGACAGAUGUUAGGCUGGAGCCCACAGAGGAGAUUUUCCUGACUCCUGUGCAAAAGAGUUCAGACCCCCCAGAGUCUGAGAGACCCUUUGUCUCACAAGCUGGACCCUGCCGCAUGUCAGUCAGCUCGGACGCAGACAUUAAUGUACGCACAACCAAUGGGGGGCGUCAGCAGCUGUCUAUUAGCGAGGAGGAGGAGGAAAGGGAGGAUGGGGUGGGAUACCUUGGGUGCCCAGGCAGGGGAACAGGUCCUCAGGUCUUUCAAAGGGCUUCAGUCAGCUCAGACACCAGUGGCCUAUCUUAUGACUCUGUGAAAUACACCUUGGUGGUUGACGAAAAUGUACAGUUGCAGUUGGUCAGCCUGAGGCAGUGCUAUGGAGGCUACAGCGAUGACAGUGACAGUGGCACCGUGUACGACAACUGUGUCUCCUCACCCUAUGAGUCUGCCAUUGGGGAGGAGUAUGAAGAGGAGGAAGAGGAAGAUCAUGUUGGAGGGGCAGGGAGGGAAUGUGACCGGGUUAGAAGGUCCAUGUGCCUUUCGGAAUCUUCAACUCCAGACGGUGACAUCUCCUACUCCAAAAAAUUUCUCAAUGUCUUUAUGAACGGGCGUAUGCGGUGCACUGGCGCAGAAUCCUUUGGGUUAUUUUCGUGCCUGAUAAACGGUGAGGAGAGGGAGCAGACACAUCGAGCUGUAUUCAGGUUCAUGCCCCGUCACCCUGAUGAGCUUGAGCUGGAAGUUGAAGACCCCCUGUUGGUGGAGAUUCAGGCGGAGGACUACUGGUAUGAGGCGUAUAACAUGCGCACUGGGGAGCAUGGAAUCUUUCCUGCUUAUUACGCUGUACAGGUGACCAAGGAGCCGGAUUCCAUUGCAGAAAGCAGAGCUCCUAAUUGGGUGGAUCAAUUCUGGUUGAAGUUCCUGGGAUCUGUGCAGGUUCCAUAUCACAAAGGGACGGAUGUUCUCUGCACUGCUAUGCAAAAGAUCGCCGUUUCUCGUCGCCUCACGGUGCUGUCCAACCCCCCAGCAAAUUGUAUCCUAGAGAUAAGCAUGCGAGGAGUGAAAAUUGCAGUGCAGGGAGAAGACCCCCUGGAUCACAGCCAGGUAAACACAUGCAGUCACUUCUUCCAGCUAAAGAAUAUUUCCUUCUGUGGCUAUCACCCCAAGAAUAGCAAAUAUUUUGGCUUUAUCACCAAACACCCUUCAGAUCAUCGCUUCGCUUGCCAUGUUUUCGUCUCAGAGGAAUCUACUAAGCCCUUGGCAGAGUCUGUUGGAAGAGCCUUCCAGCAGUUCUACAAAGAGUUUGUGGAGUAUACAUGUCCCACAGAAGACAUCUAUCUGGAAUAACCACGCCGUGUACCAAGGAAAUCUGUUCUGUGCAUGGACAUACUGCUCAAAUGUGAGCGGCGGAGGGCAGGAUUCUGCCAGGCUGAAGGAGGGUGAGAGGAGUGACAGGCCUUCGCUCCUCCUGUCUGUGCCUCCACCCUGUGGGACAGUUGAUCCAAGGCGAGUGUGGAUUGUGCCCACCUUUAACUUCUGCCAAGAACUCCCAUUUCACCCACCUUCUCUGCCCCCUAACCCCACUCUCCCAUUCUGUGUGAGCAUGGGGACACCAGGAGAGGACUGCAUUCUGAUCCCCAUGAACCUCCCUUUUUAAGGCUCCACCUGGGAAGCACAGGGAGGAGGAAAAGGCAGUGGAAAGCAGGAUUUACAGGAGUAUUAAUAAUGCAAGAGAGUGUGACUGUGUAAGUGAGUGAACGCUCAAGGUUUGGUUUCCAAAUGUGUGAAGGGUGUGUUGCACACUCACAGAGACGCACACAUUUGUAACAACUGGGAUGGCUUCUGCAAUUGAAUAGGGAGUCCAGGCAGGUAGCACAGGGGAGUCCCAUAGGGGGCAAGUGGCUUGGCCCUUCCAGACGGAGAAGCCAUGUACGAGGGUCACAUGAGCACAGAGCUAGAUUUAUUGUAUAUUUAUACCCAGAAAAGUGAGGUUGUCUCAGGAGUUACAGAGUGUAUUUUUUUUUCAUCUGGGUGGCCAUUGGUGCUAAGUUUCUCAGUGUAUGGUCCUACGUGACCCCCCCCCCCACUUGUGAGCUCAUUUAAAGAUGCAGAAAUGGUACUCGAUGCAGAGGGUUGGGGCAAAGGGGCAGCUUUGAGGCUACUCAAUAAAACUGACUGAGAAUGA